GAGACAAAAGCCUGCCUGUCUUUACAGAUGAAAUUUUCUUGUUCUCUUCUGCCCUGAGUGUUUCCCAAGCAUGCAGGCAACAAGCUUAUUAAUUUUGGUGGGGCUUAUAGCAGAGUUUCACAUCUUCUCAAGAGCCUUCUCUCCAGUCAACUGCAAGUGGGACUCAUAUGGCCCUUGGUCAGAAUGCAAUGGCUGUACAAAGACUCAGACUCGAAGGCGUUCGAUUGCUGUUUAUGGGCAAUACGGAGGGCUUCCAUGUGUGGGGAGUGCUUUUGAAAUACAGUCUUGCAACCCCGAACGAGGCUGUCCAACGGAAGAGGGCUGUGGGGACCGGUUUAGGUGUUUUUCAGGUCAGUGCAUCAGCAAAUCAUUGGUUUGCAAUGGGGAUUCUGACUGUGAGGAAGAUGGUGCUGAUGAAGACAAGUGUGAGGAUGCAGAAAGCAGACCUUCCUGCGACAUUGACAAACCUCCUCCCAACAUAGAACUUACCGGCAAUGGUUACAACGCACUUACUGGCCAGUUUAGGAACAGAGUCAUCAACACCAAAAGUUUCGGUGGUCAGUGCAGGAAAGUGUUCAGCGGGGAUGAAAAAGAUUUCUACAGACUAAGUGGAAAUAUCCUUUCUUAUACAUUUCAGGUCAAAGUAGAUAAUGAUUUUAACUAUGAAUUUUACAACAGCAGUUGGUCUUACGAAAAGAGCACAAACACAUACCAUACAUCAUCUAGUUCAAACAGGUUCUUAUUUUUCUCCUCCUCGUCGAAUCAACGCUCUCAGACUUCAAGUACCAAGAAAAUCUACAUGCAAAAGAGUUACAAAUUGUUGGUUGUUCAGAACACUGUUGAAGUGGCCCAGUUCAUCAAUAAUAAUCCUGAAUUUUUACAACUUGCGGAGCCAUUCUGGAAGGAACUCUCCCAUCUUCCCACUCUGUAUGACUACAGUGCCUACCGACGGUUAAUCGACCAGUAUGGGACACAUUACCUGCAGUCUGGGUCCUUAGGAGGAGAAUACAGAGUUCUAUUUUAUGUGGAUUCAGGAAAUACCAAACACAGUGAUUUUGGGUCAGCCCAGCAGAAAGGAUGCUCGUCUUCCGACUUCAAGUUUUUUUUUGUAUCAUCAGCAGAUAAGAGAUGUAAGGAACUGGAAGAUGCUGUCAAAUCAACUUCAGGAAACCAGGGCAGAGUGCUUCGAGGAGAGCCAUUUGUCAGAGGUGGAAGACCUGGCUUUGUAGCUGACCUUAGUUUCCUGGACCUGGAUGAUCCUGCUGGAAACAAAGAGCGGUAUUCCUCCUGGGCCAGCUCUGUAACCAAUCUUCCCCAAGUCAUAAAACAAAAGCUGACACCAUUGUAUGAGCUGGUUAAGGAAGUGCCCUGUGCCUCUGUGAAAAGACUGUACCUGAAGCAGGCGCUUGAGGACUACUUGGAUGAAUUUGACCCCUGCCACUGCCAGCCUUGCCAGAAUGGUGGCCUUGCUACUGUUGUGGGGACACAGUGCCAGUGCCACUGCAAACCAUACACAUUUGGUAUGGCGUGUGAGCAAGGAAACCUUGUCGGCAAUCAAGCAGGAGGGGUUGACGGAGGUUGGAGCUGUUGGUCCUCUUGGAGCCCCUGUGUUCAAGGGAAGAGAUCAAGAAGCCGAGAAUGCAAUAAUCCCCCUCCCAGUGCAGGUGGAAAGUCCUGUAUUGGAGAAACGACUGAAAGCAGGCAGUGUGAAGACCAGGAUUUGGAGAAUUUGCGGUUACUUGAGCCACAUUGCUUUCAUUUGUCUUCGGUUCCAAAAGGAUUCUGCCCAUCACCCCCCACCUUAAAAGAUGGAUUUGUUCAAGGUGAAGGUACCAUGUUUCCUGUUGGGAAAAACAUAGUAUAUGCUUGUAAUGAAGGGUAUUCUCUUAUCGGCGAUCCUGUUGCCAGGUGUGGAGAAGAUUUACAGUGGCUUGUUGGAGAAAUGCAUUGUCAAAAAAUUGCCUGUUUUCUACCUGGAGUGAUGAAUGGCAUGCAGAGUCACCCCCAGAAACCAUUUUACAUGGUUGGUGAGAAGGUGACCCUUUCCUGUGUGGGUGGUAUGUCCUUAGAAGGCCCUUCAACCUUCCUCUGUGGCUCCAGCCUUAAGUGGAGUCCUGAGCUGAAGAGUGCCCAGUGUGUGCAAAAAGUCACCAGCACUCUACCACCAGCAGCCCCUGCAUGCCAGCCCUGGGAGAAACUGCAGAACUCAAAGUGUGUCUGUAAAAUGCCCUAUGAGUGCGGAUCCUCCUUGGAUGUAUGUGCCCGAGAUGAGAGAAGCAACCGGAUUCUGUCUCUGACCAUCUGUAAGAUGCGUGUUCUCCACUGUCAAAGAAGAAAUUAUACUCUUGUUGGCAAAGACAGCUGUACUCUGCCUGCUUUGACUGAGAAAGCCUGUGGUGCCUGUCCAAUAUGGAGCAAAUGUGAUAAUCAGACCAGCAAAUGUGUCUGCAGAGAAGUAUCGGAGUGCCAGAAUGCAGGCUACAGAAUCUGUGUGGAAGUGAAUGGCAAAGAGGAGACAAUGUCUGAGUGUGAGGCUGGCAUCUUAAAGUGCAGAGGGCAGAGCAUCUCUGUCACAGCCAUAAAGCCCUGUGCUGGGGAAGCCCAGUAGGAUCUGGAGGGGGUGGGGCUUGAUCCUCUUCAUCAGAAUCUAGUGGCAAUGGAUGAUGGGUUAAAACAUCUGUAACUGGUCCUUAGACCACUUUCCUAGCAGGAAGGCAUAAUCCUUUCUCCUUUCUCUCCAAUAUUUACUUCUCCCUUCCCUGUUCAGCCACCUGUGCAAACAAAUCCUUUGUUUCCUCAAACCCCAGGCCAGAUUUCCCUCCUUUACAAGUAGUAUGAAGAACACUCAUGAACCAUGGCAUGCUGAGCUAUAUGUGAGGUUGUGGAAAACUGCAUUGGGAUUUGACAUUUUUUUUUUUUUUUUUUUGUCUGUAACCUUACAGGAAGAGACUAGAGACACAUUUUCUUCAUUCAUUCAUUCAUUCAUUCAUUCAUCCCUAUGAUUUUGUUGACUGUGAUUGACCCAGUCCAUGGGCCUGUGUUCCUCCUCCGAGUUGAUUAGGAAAACAGAAAGAACAUAAUUUCCUGAUUACAGAGAUUGCCUUUCCUCAGUGAAAUCAAACACACACACACACACACACACACACACACACACACACACACACACGCACACACUGGGAGAAGCAGACAGAUAUAAUUAUUUCCAUCCCGAGGGGUGAUGUCAUGCUUUGCUCUUCUGAGCCAUUCCCACAUGUAGGAUCUUUCUUCUUGUUAGAAGAUCAAACUCCUUAAAUGUCAAAGCAGAAUUCAUCAUGCUAUGGUCACAGGGCACCGUCUGCCUGCUUGUCUGAGAGCAAAUAUGAUUCAGUCUCUUGGGGGUUUUCUUCCGGAUGUGUCAAAUAUACCCUGAAAAUCACUCUGCUUUUGAAAGAAGCGUCAGUUUAUGCUAGAGCUAUUUAGUGAUGCAUAUUCGAGAAUAAUCCUCCCUAAUGUGGUUACAGCCCUAGAUUUUUCUAGAAGCACACAAUUUAAGACAUUGAUAUUUGGUCUAUUUCUUAGUCAUCUUUUAUUAAACAUAACAGCAACAAAAAAUCCAGCUGUCGAAGGUGUCGUGCGUGGGCUUAAAUAGAGCUUAAAAUAUGUACAAACACUAUCUCUGUGUGUUUUUUUCUUUUUGAGCCUGUUAGGUAUAUUUCAAACAAACUUUAAGUUGCUAAGGAGUAGAAAAUGCAUUCAAGAUCUUAUUAUUUAGAUAUUUUCAAAGUACAUAGUGUCUGAUGUGACUAUUCCAGAUGGAGCUUUUCAUAACAGUUUCCUUUGAGUUUUGAUGCAGAUGUUAUAUAUAGAAGUUGCACGGUUGUCGGUUUCAUUUAUUGAAAACAAUCACACUUAAAUAUAUUAACUGCACUGAUUUAGAGGAUACUAUGGAUUUGACAUCUUUCCUGGGUAUAGGUGUUGAUUUGAAAAUGCCAGGAUUGACUGUUGAGCCCCAUAAGAGGAAGCAGAUAAAGAAUCAUUUAGGAGAACUGAUCUCAACAUGCUCCAGUCUUCCUCUUAUUUCCUUGUUAGCCUGAAGUUAAGAUUCCACUACUUAUGAGCACUUCUGAAUUGAAAAUCCAAUUUCUCCAAUGCUUUUAAAAUUUAAAACCCAUUGAUGACAUGAUAGAAGACCUCCAUGAGUAAAGAAUUCUCCACCUCUGGUCUCAUCAUGGCAGGUCACAAUCCAAGUGCUAAAAAUGUCAUGUAAAAUGACUUUCAGGUUGAUGUGACAUAUAAAUGAGUUCUGUCUCUAGAUUUGGAUCCAGUUCUCCUCAAUAUCUCACCUUGUAUGUACAAGUAUCCUAAAGUCCAAAAAUAUCUGAAACAGAAAACUCUUCUGGUCAAAACAUUUUGAAUGAGCACAUUUAAAAGCCAAGGUAUUUGAGACAGAAGUUUCAACAGCAUUCCUGGGGGAGACACAAAGGAUGGAUGAAUACAUGAGGAUGGGAGGAGGGAAGGUGGCUGUUGAUAGGUAUUUUGAGAUACUCUAUUUGUGUCCUACCCUAUCCCUCUUGAACGUUUUUAUGCAUAUUGACUUUUCCUCUAGUCAUACAGGGGCAUUCACAGUUACCUACAGAGAACCAGAAUUGCUGUAACAGGUCUUCAAGAGGGAACUUAUUUUGGAUAAUGACUCAUUGAAGAUGCUUUGAAAAUUUAAAAACAAGCUCUGUAAGCAGAAGUCUGUGAGAAAAGUGAGGAGGAAUUGUUUGUGUCAUAAGUGAAUAAAAGGCAAA